AUGCGUGCCCUCGAAAAAGAGUCUUAUGAGGGAGAGAGUUGGAUUGAACGAUGUCUCAAUGAAAGUGAAAACAAACGUUAUUCCAGUCACACCUCUCUGGGGAAUGUUUCUAACGAUGAAAAUGAGGAAAAAGAAAAUAAUAGAGCAUCGAAACCACACUCAACUCCAGCUACGCUGCAAUGGCUGGAGGAGAACUAUGAGAUCGCAGAAGGUGUUUGCAUUCCUCGAAGUGCUCUCUACAUGCAUUACUUGGACUUCUGUGAGAAAAAUGACACACAACCUGUUAAUGCCGCCAGCUUUGGGAAG